CACGGUGGAGAGGUGAAGAUGGUACAAGGCAGGCCAGGAGCGGUAAGACUCGGCUGAGCGGCGCCAUGGCAACCCCAAGUGGAACGCAGGACCCGGAAGUGAGCGAGGGCGCAGCCUGAUGACGUAACGGCAUGGAAAUCACAGCAACCCGGAACAUCAAGUUGUCGCAGCAGCAGCAGCAGCAGCCACACAGGGCAGAGUUACACUGUGUGCGCUGCGGAGAGGACUCUGCUAAUACCGGUAACCAAUGGAGGGACUGACAGAGCGGAUCUGCAGACGAUGAACGUCUAGCAAGGAAGAUUAGCCUCGCAGCUGCAUUCAAACUGGAUUGUAGUGGUGAGAGCCACCGGUCAGGAGACUAUUACAGUAAUCAAUGCGGGAGAUAAUGAGAGCAUGGAUUAGAAUUUUAGCAGUGUCUUGUGUAAGGAAGAAGACUCCUUCGUACAACACAUGACGUGACGAUGAAGAAUGACCAGACCCUUGGAUCAGUGGAUUCAUAUGUCUGCAGAAAAAAUGCAACAGAAGAAGGUAACCUCAGAGAAUGUAUACCCACGGAACAUCCAGGAACUACUAUCAAGGAGAAAUCUGUGUCCGACAAAAAGGGGAAUCUCCCGGUCAACACAUCGAUUGAUCAUCAGGAGACCAGAUGUAGUUCUAUGCAUAUCAAGGAGGAAUCGGGGUCAAAUGAUGGUGGAAUUCUCGCAGACUGCAAGUCUACCAAACACAUAGAUACACAACACAAAUCUACACAUGUUAAGGAGGAAUCCGGCUUAUGUGAAGAAGACAUUUCAAACACUGACCUUGAUACACCAAUGGAUCAUGCAUUGACACAAUAUUUAUCUAUUCAUGUUAAGGAGGAAUCCUCAUCUUCUGAAGAAGGAAGCCAUGCAGACACUAAUACUCAUACACCUACAGAUCAUACACCGUACCCAUCUAGGCAUAUUAAGCAGGAAUCAGUCUCCGGAGAGGAAGAAAACUUCACAGACACCGAUCCGCUGCAGACAGAAUAUUUAUGUAUUAAAAUUAAGGAGGAAUCAUGUUCAUCUCAGGACGGAGACCUCAUGGACACUGAAACGUAUAGAAGCAAAAGCCGUAUGCCUACUCAUAGGACAAAGGAAUCCAUCUCAUGUGAGACCUCCAGCAGUAAGUUCUCUUGCUCGGAAUGCGGGAAAUGCUUUCCUUAUAGAUCAAUGCUUACUGCACACGAGCGGACACACACAGGGGAAAAACCGUUCUCCUGUUCCGGCUGUGGCAAAUGUUUUACCACUAAGGGCUACCUGAUCGUUCACGAGCGGAUCCACACAGGGGAGAAGCCCUUCACGUGCCCCGAGUGCGGCAAAAGCUUCACCGCCAAGUCUAAGCUCGUCCAGCAUAAAAAAAUGCACACAGGUGAGGAGCAGUUCUUCUGCGGCAUUUGCGGUAAAAGUUUCCCAGAGAAAACCCGGCUCGCCAAGCACCAAGUCACUCACACAGGAGCCAAACCAUUUUCAUGCUCCCUGUGCGGGAAAUGUUUUACGCAGAAGUCCAGCUUGUACGAGCACCAGAAACUACACACCGGGGAGAGACCGUUUUGCUGCGCCGACUGUGGGAAGUGUUUCGUUGGGAAAUCAAAUCUGGUCGCACACCAGAAGAGCCACACUGGUGAAAAACCCUACGCCUGCAGCGAAUGCGGGAAAUGUUUUAUCAGUAAGUCGGAGAUCCGUAAGCACCAGAGAAUUCAUACGGGAGAGAAGCCCUUUUCCUGCCUUGAGUGUGGGAAAUCUUUUACCUGUAAAUCCAAUCUCAUUUUACACCAGAAAAUCCACACUGGUGAGAAACCGUUUACCUGCUCCGAGUGCGGCAAAUGUUUUCUCAGUAGGUCAAACUAUUCCCGUCAUGAGAAAAGCCACAAAGGAGAGAAGCCACACACCUGUCUUCAGUGCGGGAAAUGUUUUACCGACAAGUCCACGCUGGUGGCACAUUUGAAACGACACACGGGAGAGAAGCCGUACCCGUGCCCCGAGUGUGGGAAGUGUUUUGCCGUCAAGACGGGUCUCUUUAAUCAUCAGAGGAUCCACAAGGGAGAGAAGCCCUAUAGUUGCUCUGAAUGCGGGAAAAGCUUCAUCUACAGGUCGAAACUUGUGGUGCACCAGAAAAGACAUAGCGGGGAGAAGCCACAUUCGUGCUCCGAGUGUGGCAAGUGCUUUGCGGUGAAGUCAGGCCUCGCCAAUCACUUAAAAACACACAAAGUCAAGGUGGCAUCUUGAGCAUAGUAAUCAAACGUUAAAUGCCAUAAAACGGAUAUACCGGAUCGAGAGACCUCUUUUUCCUGAAUUUGGGACUGUUUUACACAAAGGAAUGUAUUAUAUGUUUUCUUGUUACGCACUCAGGGCCGGAACGGGGCAUGGCAGGGUUCCAUAGAAAAAUGUGGGAAAGGGCUGGAAAUGCUGCCAGUAGAGGGCUUCUGGGAAUGCGUGGGUCCAGCGCAUGCUCACUGCAGGCUCCUUAGUCUUCACCUUUGAGAGUAGAGCUGGGGCCUCCUAGUGCAGAAUAUCUUGGCAUUGCUGGGCCCCUCACCUCCAGGCCUCUUAAUAGUUCUGCCACUAUGCCUGCUAACCUAACAACAUAAUAAGUAUAUUCUUAUGUCAUAACUUGUAAUGUUUUGCAAGAGUGCUUGAUUUAUGUGUAUGUAUGUAUAUAUAAUAUAUAUAUAUGUUCAUCUGUUGAAUGCAGGUUUGCUUAAAUUAUGUGCUAAGCAUGCUACACGUCUAUGAUGGUGUGAUUUACUUGUAAACGUUUAUAUAAAAAGCUGUAAAUGAC